CUCCCUCCUCUCUUCUCCUGCUGCCACCAUAUCGGCCGUCAGGGAGCGAGGACGGCAGCGGGAAGAAGGGAUUUAGGACUAGUUUUUUCCUCUUUAAAACAAGAAGAGUCCUAAAAUGUUGAAGUUUCGAUCGACGUGUGUCCUCCUAGCCUGUUCCUCGAUCAGCUGCUGUUCAUGAGACUGGAGGAGUCUGUGUUUAAUCAGCCGACUUGCUCCGACACGGGAAAAAUGUAUCCGACUUUUCUUGGACGCAAUUUUGUCGCAAACAAAGAAAACCCUUCGAGAAAAUAGUACACGAGCACAACAGGACUGCAGGUUCAGGUGCCCCCACCUCAUGGAGAAGGUAGGCAAGGUGUGGAGCAACCUGAAGAGGGGAUGUCAGUCUCUGCUCCACCAAGAUGGAAGUUCCCGUGGAGAAACUCAACCACAGACACAUGCAUUUUGCCCGAGUCUGGACCAGACCCAGGGAGAGAGCACAUCGGAACUAGCCAGUCCUUCGAACAUCCUGUCGGCACACCCUGUAGUGUCCCGUAGGGUUAAUGGCAGUGUGGUACAUCGGGGACAUAACUGCGUGGCAGAUGUGCCUCAGAUACUGGAGAUCACAGUAGAGCAGGACACUGAAGAUGGGUGCGCUCCGCUUGGUGCCCGCAGAGACUCCUAUUCACGUCAUGCGCCUUGGAGUGGCAAGAAGAGGCACUCAUGCUCCACCAAGGCACAGAGUUCCCUAGAGACCACAGACCGACGGAGCGGCCGCUCUCGGCGGAGACACCUAACAAACGGCAGCAGGGAUGAACCCGACCCAGGAGUACCACGCUCACUGCGCCAGCAACUCCAUGAAACCAUGGGCCUAUGCCUCCCUCUGCGCCUGUCAUCCCGUGGCACCCACUCACGUUUACCCAAGCGCAAGAUCCAGAUCACUGAGCUAAUGCUGGAAACGUGCCCCUUUCCUUCUGGCUCUGAUCUUGCUCGUAAAUGGCACCUCAUCAAGCAGCAUACGGCCCCUGUUACAGCUACAGCAGUGGACUGCUCCACGGAUUCCCCUAAAGCUGCUCGCGCAUCUCCGGAGGAUGAGGAGGAACGUCUACGCGAGCGACGAAGGCUCAGUAUAGAAGAGGGAGUGGAUCCACCACCUGAUGCUCAGAUACACACCAUAGAGGCUAUAACAGCUCCACUGGCUACAGUCUACAAGCUGGGACCUAAAUUAGCUCCUGGGAUGGGAGAGACCUUGGGUGAGAGUCGGGGAGCCACAGCAGCCGACUGUGACUCUGAAGAUGAUGACACCACCACCCUUUGUUUGCAGGCUCGCCGUCCCAAGCAGCGGCAUAAUUCAGCAGAGGGCCUCCUUGGCAGCAAGCAGCCAGGGCCCUGGAAAGUGCACACACAGAUCGACUACAUCCACUGCUUAGUGCCAGACCUGAUGCAGAUCACAGCUCUGCCCUGCUACUGGGGUGUAAUGGACCGCUACGAGGCUGAGGCACUGCUUGAUGGCCGGCCUGAAGGCACUUUUCUGUUGCGUGACUCUGCCCAGGAGGACUACCUGUUUUCUGUUAGUUUUCGCCGUUACGGUCGCUCGUUGCAUGCACGUAUUGAACAGUGGAACCACAACUUCAGCUUUGAUGCCCACGACCCCUGUGUGUUCCAUGCCGCCACAGUCACGGCUCUGCUGGAGCACUACAAGGACCCCAGCGCCUGCAUGUUUUUCGAGCCUCUGCUCACCUUGCCCCUUCACCGGACUUUUCCUUUUGGCCUGCAGAGCCUGGCUCGGGCCGUUAUCUGCCGUGGGACCACCUACGACGGCAUUGCAGCGCUACCUUUACCCCCUGCGCUGCAAGACUACCUCAGGGAGUAUCAUUAUAAGCAGAGGGUGCGGGUGCGCUGGCUGGAGCGAGAGCUGCUCAAGGCCCAGUGAAACAGCACUACUCCUAAUAAACUAAGAAAGGGGUUUUGGUGUGGGAGGGGGUUACACUGUGUACCAAGCAACAGGGGAUAUGGAUGCUCUGACUGAAGAGUAGUCCAUUCAGCACUUUGCAGGAAAAGUUUGGAGGAAAUGUUCUUUUUGUAGGAAAAGGCUUUUGAGGUGAAGGGCAGUCAGUGCAGGAGAGGUACAAAGGGGCCUGAACCUGAAACCCACUAUAUAAGCUUCUGGGUUUAUUUUUGUUUGUUUAUUAUUAAUCAAAACAAAUACAUAUACAGCUAAAGCAGCCUACAGUAGACACACAAAUUUGGACUGAUACAGUGGGGGCCUUUUACCGUCCCACCCCAUAUCUCUCAGCAUCUUUUUUUUUUGCAUUGCUUUGAAGAAGAGGAGCCUGCUUCUAAAAUAAAUGCACUCACACCUCUAUUCUCUCACUGCUUAAGUACAUGCUUUUACUCUUUUCACUACUUUUAUUCUUUUUCAUAUACUAACCUACAUUUGUGCAGCCCUUCACCUCCACACUUAAAAAUACAUUGGAAAUAAUUAAAGACACAUUUUAAGGUCGUAUCAUGGACAGUUUUGGCAAGAUGGUGUGCCAUGGGCAGAGCUGUGAUCAAGUCAUGUUUACCUAUAAAUCUUUGCAUUCAUGGUGCUCUGUUGGUGGUCCCACAUUUACAUUCUGUGCUUGCCCUGUCAGGAAGAGUUGAUCAGACAUUGCAGGGCAGGAAACAGACUUUGGAUCUAUAGUAUUCACAGACAGCAAGAGUUGAAAGUCUGUGAAGGAAGGACCUGGUUUAGUACUUUGUGUCCAGACUGCUGUUAUAGAAGGUUUGACAGAAGGUCUCUGACAUUCUGCUUCUUUUCACUUCCAAGAAGUGAUGAUGAUGAUGAUGAUGACGACGACGAUGAUGAUGCAUAAUGUGGCUACAGUGUCAAUUGUGUUAAGUGAUGCGAGUGUGCCUGGUUUUCUAAAGACAUAGUCACUCUGUGUGAAAGUUCCAUUGCUAUCAAUAUGUUUUGUAAUCAUUAAUUCCUACCACUAAUUGCACAGAAAGUGGUGAUAAUUGUAAUUCUGUUUUUGUUUGUUUGUUUGUUUGUUUUUUAUUGUGAAAUGGACUGUCAGUGCCGAGGGAGAAGGAGCGUGUUAAAGGGCACUUAAACUCAACUGUGCUUAUGUUAGUGGGAGCAGCAGAGGCAAUAUAUAAUCCUGCAACACUGGGACCAUUGUUAAGCAUAAACACAUUUAUAUAUUGAUAGACACAAAUACACACAGACUCUAUAAGCUCACCUUGUCUGAUCCACAUUGCACUAGAGGCCUACAUCUUGGUGAUCUUGUCAGUCCUAUUGCAUGGAAUUACACUGCAGUUUCAGAUUUCUACUAUAUGAUAGUUCUCAUAGUCUCAGAGGUCCAGUUCAGCUCCUAAAUGCAAGUGCAAGUCAGACAGUCCUAUGCUAAUGCUUUAAUUUAAUUGAUUUAAACUUAUAGAUUCAGAAUUUAGGGUGCUUAUCACACCUGUAUUCUUUCCCCACAGCCUAAAAAAUUUGAUGAUUCCUCAAGCAGUCUGCCUACAUAGAUCCAUAACUGUCAAUUAUUCUACUUUACACAAAUACCAUGUUCAAUAUGAACGCCGUUUCUUCCUAAUGGUUGAAAUACAGUUUUAGCAUAUCAAUAUUUUUGGUUACAGCACGACACAUCAGCAAAGAGAAUGAUGGGGAGUGGAUUGACUUCCUUGGGAAUCGUUUGUGGGUGUAUUUUUUUUAUUUUAAUUUUUUUACACGUUCUCCCUAUGUGCUGUGAAGGAUCAGGUAGAUCUAGUAGCCUGGAAUUGCCCGGCUAAGUUCAGACUCCUGGCACUGAGGCAGUGUAAAAUCGUCUCUACCUGCUCCUGAUGCACAACACUGCCCUCCGUCAACCGUGAUCAAGACGUCUUCCCGUAUUAUCGCGUACAAUGGGAGGUUUCCAUUCGCAUAGGACUAGUCAAGUCCCAUGUGUCAAAUGAGUUUUUUGGUCUGACGAUUGGCAUACUUGUGAGAUUCCCUGAUUCAUGCUGCCUCAGCUGGAAUGGUGGCAGUGGGGCAGGCCACGGGCUCACCUGAGAACAAUGGGGGCUUUUGAGAGGGCUGGUUGUCCCACUCAGGGCCUGCCUGUAAAGGUGUGUCAUGCUUGGCAUGUCUCCAAGGGUGCUCUCGGUAACUUGAUACGUGUGUACAUUUCAGGGCACUAGUUGACGGUGAAGUUGGGUAAGGGGUUAUGGAGUUUGGUGGGGUGUUGGCGCCAUGGUGUGCCUCCAUUCUCUCCCUCCCUAGUUUUAUUAGAGAAAUGUACAGGAUAAAAAGUAUAUUGAUACAGAUUUUUAAAUAUUUUUAAUAUUAGCAGUUGUAACAAAAUUACUUAGUGGUGAGGUGAUGGAAGGGAAAAUUCUCCAUUUGAAAUGGGGAUUGUCCAGUUCACGUGUAGGAAAAAAAAAGAGAGAAAUUGAGUAAACUGGUACAAUGUGUCAUAAAUGUGUAUGAUAUAAAUCUAUUAAAGUGACCAAAGCUUUUGGUUUUGACUGUAGCAGAUCCAAAUCAAUCCGUUGACAAGAGAAGUGAUAGGCUUACUGCAUCUUCCUCUCUGAGUAAGUACAGUUAAUAUUUACAGGUUAAACAUUUCAAAGAUACGGAGGACCCUGUUUUGAGACCCCGAAAGGUACUCUCAUGGGUUUUCUGUAGUAUGAUAUGCAAAAGUGCCUUUCUCUUCUUCAAACUACCAUGUUAGCUCUGGAGAUAUUUAAUUUCAGAUAUGACAACAGAAAAUCUGAGGUAUUGACAACUUGCAACUAAAGAAAAGCUCAGUGUCCCACUACAUAGUCAAAAAGUAUGUGUAUGUUUGAAAGUUUUAGAAUUGGAUAGCGAGUGUGUGUGCGCAUGUAUGUGUGUGAAAAGGGGACUAAAGGCUAUACGGAUGGUUUAGGGAGAAAAAACAGCUUGCAUCCCACCAGGUUCUAUACUAGGCUAGACUUUUUUUUCUCUAAUGGUCAUCCUGCACCUGCUCACUGUUUAAUGGUACAGUGUUUAUAGUUUCAGGCCGUCUGGUGUCUGACUCCAUGCCUUCCUGCAUAGAACAAGAGAAGCUGCAUGGAGAGGUCUGCAUUCUCUCUCUGUCCACCGAGAGACUUACAGUGAGAUGAAAAAGACCCGGAUGUUGGCGCUGAUAUUUAGAGGCCGGUUGUUUACUUGAUUCUGAAUUUUAUGUGAUCAGAGGUAGCAUUUUUGAAUUAAAAUAAGAGUUUAGUCUUAUUGCCCCAAGCAUGUGGGUAAAGUAGCCACGAUAAAAGAGAAUUCUUUGACUUGAUAACACCUCAGUUUUAUCCUUAAGAGGAGACGUGGCAAGCCAUUUCAUGAAUAAUCUUGCACACUUAUUAUAGGAGAAAUUGUUUCCUGUUCAAUGUUAUCUGGCAUGUUUCUGUACAUAGUAUAGGAAGGUUGAGUGUAGUAAUGCUUACCAAGUGAAUUAAACGAAUGACUGGUCGUCUGAGUGACUUAUAUUUGAGUUAUUUACAUUGAAAGAAAUAUAAGUCCUUUAUUGCAAGGCAACGGAUCUUUGAACAUCAUGAAUACAACUCGUCACUUUAAUGCUGUAUAUGCACAUUUAGUUGAGGGGAAUAAGGGGUGAGUAAUGAAGGUGGGGGUGUGGCCUGGGUGCCAUGGUAACAGCACUUGACAAUGAUUGGAAGUGAUACAGAUGACACUUUUUCCUGCCCAGUGUCUGCCACCACCUUAUUGAUUUGACUGCAAAAGCAAAAAAAAAACAAAAAGCCCCUCAAUGCAUUUGUUCAUUGACCCUUCAUGAACUCUCCGGAGUCACAGGUAACUCUUUCUCACCAUCUUUGUCAGUUUUAAUUUUGUUUUUGUUUUGUUUUUGUUUUUUACACUGCCAAAGGAUUGUACUGUACAGUGUAAUCACUCACUCAUUUCUUUGUCAUUGUCUUCUCUCUGUCUUUAGCUGUUUUACUCUCUUUCUCACGCUCUGCGUCUAUCUAUCUUAUGUACAGUUAAUGAACCCUGCUUCUUGGCUAUGUUACUAAGUUGCUCUGUUGUAUUAUUUUGUUUGACUUCGGUUACAGUAUGCUGUUCGGGGGCAGAGGGGGCACCAAGUCUUCCUCUCCCACCAGUAGCUGUCACUCGUGGUGCUCUUGGCUUAUGCUUCAUUGUCUUAAUAUUAAAAAAAAAAUAAAACGGUUAUACAUAUGUCAA